AUGGAUCGCAUCAAGGAGAAAAUGAACCAGCUCCGGCUGGAGGCUGAGGAGUCAGCGUCCAAGGUCGAAGAACUCCAAUCCAAGGUCAAGGUCCUGGAGCAGGAGAACCUUCAGAAAGAGCAAGAGAUCAUCUCCCUGACGCACAAGAAUAGCGUGCUGGAGGCAGAGGUAGAGAAACUCGAGGACAAAGUCAAAGAGCUCAAGGCUGCCGCCAGCGAAGGCGCGCAGCACGGCACUCAGAACGAAGCGCUGACUCGAAGACUGCAACUUCUCGAGGAAGAGGCCGAGGAAGCUGAUAAGACUUUGCGCGAGGCCAACGAGAAGCUGCGGCAGACCGAUGUUAAGGCCGGACACUUUGAGCGGAAAGUCCAGGCUCUCGAACAGGAACGCGACCAGUGGGAGGCCAAGUACGAGGAGAUGGCCAAGAAGUACGCCGCCGUGCAGAAGGAACUCGAGGACUUCCAAGCCGAGAUUGGCACCCUCUAA